AUGUGGGCCAGAUUAGCUCAGAUAGAUUUGUUCGGAGACAGUGGAAUGCGAGAAGCAAGUGUAUUGAGGUACAAAGAGAAACGUCGAACUCGACUUUUUUCCAAGAAAAUUCGAUACCAAGUUCGCAAACUCAACGCAGAUCAACGUCCUCGAAUGAAGAAAGAGUAUCCACCAAGAUGGAACAAAGCUUUCUGUGUUCAUCUAUAA